GUGUUUUACACUGAGAUGAGGAAUGGCCGUCCAGCAAGCUCAGCAGUAGCAGUGAAUGUUCCUCUCAGUCUGGACAUGUUGGCUACAGUGAGCUAUAUCUCUAUUUCUCCUUCUAUAUUUAACUAUUGAAUAAAGUGUAUUUCGAAGUUAUUCUUUCAACAGUUUUUCUCAGAAAACCCUUUCUUUUCACCCCUUAGGUCAAGUUCAAUGGGCACACCAUUAUUGUAAGUGCAUUUUGCAUUGCAUGUUCAACUAAUAUCGUUAAACUGCGAUUACGGAUUGUAUGAGCACAAAAAGAGAUUCAGUGUUUGUUGUUUGUUGUAUCAACCUAUAUUUUUUGUAUCUUCCUGUGGCUGUAAGGAUGUAGAAAUUGGCAGUCUGAAGAUGGCAGCUCAAUAUGUGUUCAGUGUGGGUGCGUAUGGAUGGGCAGGAGAGGGACGACCCAGCGUGCCACGGAGAGUCAGCACCUUCCAACCAGGUAAGUGGAUGGAGCAGAGGGUCUCACCAUGGCCAGUCUGGUCAUCCUGAAUGAGGGAAAACCACUGAGCUUACUGCAUGUAGCACUGAAUCUGGGGCUGAAUUUACAGAAUGACGUUACUGAAUGUGUAGAAAAUAAUGGAAUGGUUGGAGAUGGCACUUUGACUACAAAUGGCUCUUCUGGGAAUGUUAUUUUCAGUUCAUUCACUGUACUGUACCACAACAAUUCAGGGGGGGGGGGGGGGGGGGGGGGUUGAGGGAGUGUUCAUGCACCAUGGAACCUACUGAAUGACCCUUUGCUCCAUUGCCCCUGAAUGCACCCAAGCUUUGAGUUAAUAACAUGGACAUGGAAUUUCAGAGAAAAGAUUUCACAUCUUUGAUUGUUUUUGUAUCUUUCCACCCCCCACCACUACCCCCAACAGAGAUGUGCAUGCCCCCCUCGGCCCCCUCACAGCCAGCUGUAGGGGCUGUUUCGGACACUGAAACCGAGUUGUCAUGGAAACAGAGUGAAGGAAAGGAAAGCUCACCUGUCCUUCAUUUCGUUGUGUAUUAUAUCAGGUAAGAGUUAUUUUUCUUCUAUUAUAGUGCUUAUUAGAGGGUUCCCCAGGCAACCGCUUGUCUUUUUCAUUCCUUUACUUCUGUAAUUUUUCCUGAAAGUGUUUAAUGGUUAAAUGUGCCCUUGAAUGAACUUGAAGACCCUUUUGGCUGAAAAUAAUAUGGUUGUGCAUAGUCUCGGUUAACCCAGAAGUAAAAUCUUGCAAAGUUUGGUCAGCUGCGUCAUUAUCUUCUGGGUCUAUAUGUGUUAGAAAUUGAGAGUUCCGGUGGUUUGCGAAGUUUCCACCCUCACAAAAGGAAACUCUCAGUCUUCACCCAAUCCUGAUACGUCUAUAUAACCAGUGACGAAUACCCAAAGACCGGAACUACUGUAGCUCGUUAUCUCACGCAUCUCAUUCAGUCCCGGCAGAUUAUUCGGUCUACACGCAGAAUCUGCCCACGGGAGAUUAGGUUGUACACAAUGUUCGGUGGCUAUUUUCAACUACAGCAAUCUCCUGGAACCACUACUCUUACAGAUAGGUUGCCAACAAGUUUGGUUUUGAUUAACAAAAGUAGUGGAGGAAAAACAAUCUAGUAAAUAUUAUGAUGAAAUAUACAGGAGUGCUAAGCAUGAUAAUGGAUUUUACAGUGGCACACAAACACCACAAUACUUUGCGAGGUUGACAGUUCAAUGGGGAUGAGCUGUAUGAUUUUGUAUGGGUACAAGGAUUUAGAGAAUAACUAAAUAAAUAGUCAAUUAGUCAAACAUUUGAUAGAUUUGAAUGGACAUUCCAAAAGGAGUGUCACGCCCUGGCUCUGGGGACUCUUUUAUGUUGAGCCAGGGUGUUAGUUUCUAUGUUUUGUAUUUCUAUGUUGGCCAGGGUGGUUCCCAAUCAGAGACGGCUGUAGCUCGUUGUCUCUGAUUGGGAACCAUACUUAGGUAGUCAUUUGGCAUUUGUGUGGUGUGGUAUCUUGAUCCGUAAGGUUUGUGUUUAAACCCUAGGACUUCACGUAUCGUUUAUUGUUUUGUUCGUGUAUACUCAUUAAAAGAAUGUACGCUUAUCACGCUGCGCCUUGGUCCGCUUCAUCAUGUGUCGACGAUCGUGACAAGGAGUCAUUUGAACAGCAAACCGAAGAAAUGUUUGCGUGCAGCCUGUUGUUUGCGUGUUGGGACCAAACAUGGAAUGUUAAUGAUGCUGUGAAGUACUGUAAGAUUUUUAUUGAGUAAUUAAUCUCUUGUCUAAAGAGCUGCCAGAAUGGCCAGAUAGCAGAUAUCCAGAGCAAGGGACAGACCACACACAUACAGUAUACACCAGAGAGAGAUGAUGUGAGUGUGUCUGGAUCCAGAUAGACACUGUUCCGUCCUUAACAAGAUGACUAGAGGGCUAAAAUGACUGGAGGGCAUCUGAAUAUUGUUUUCCUCACUUGAAUCUGUUGUGCAUAGAGGAUGGAUACUGACUCUAUCAUUGAAACUACAUGACCUGAGUUUAAGGAUGGUGACAAAGGCAGUAUAAUACUUAUGAAGGUUGUAGUCAGCAUGGAUUUGUGGACAAACCUCUAAAUUUUGACAAGGGCAAAGCAAACAUACUUCACUUGUCUAUAUUUUGCUGAGCUCAUUGAGUUUCACUGACAUGCUGUUAUUCAGACCGUCACGAUUCUAUAAUGUCUCAAUCUGUCACAGCAUGCAAUUACUGUAAGCAAGCAGGUGUUUGUGUUCUGAAAGAGCCUGUCUCACACAUGUACGUAGACGUUGUCUAACGUGAGUAAGAGAGUUCCUAACCUAUCCCCUACCUACCUGUCUUUGACACACUACCCAGUCAGAUUGUAAUGGAUGAUUAACAAGUUAAAUGCAUUCACAGUUACUUAUACCAUUACCUCAGAGUCUGACUCUGUCUCUACCUGUAAUACCAUGUAGACCAGAGCUGGACACUGAGUGGACAUCCCUAAAGGAUACAGUGAACAGCAGCUCGGUGGUUGUGAGAGGACUGCAGCCUGAAACCCAGUACCAUUUUGCUGUCCAGGCAGUCAAUGUCUACGGAGCUAGCCCACCCAGUGCCAUCACUGACCCAAUAUGGACCUUCAGUGAGUGUGGGGAGACAUCUCUUCAUUAAUUAUUGUGUUAUAAACUGCUUGUCGAAGUCAAUGAUUGUCAUUUAUUCAUGUCUCUGUGUUAGGUGUGCAGGAAGGGGGAAGCGGGAGCUUGGGUCAGGGUUAUCCUAGCAACGGCAACAUUAAUGAGGAGGAUCUGACUGAUGUUAAGAACUCUGAUUAUGGUGCCCUCAUUCAGGAGGUAAAAGACAGUGUCAUGCAGGCUUCACAAUCACUAUGUUUCUACUUAGCUAUUUCCCAAACAUCCAAGUUUCUCUUCUUUAUUGUGUCCUACUGUCUUUCCUCCAGCCACUUUUCUCUCUAGAAGAAGACAGAAGAUCUCAGCUGAGAUCCCGAACAUGGACUCCCAUCUCACACGAAGGGGGAGGAGGAAUGCCUCCUAUAGAGAUCACUGCUGAUUCUGGCACCAUCAUCACUGCUAACAAGGCAGCCACUAUAAUAUCCAUCUCUACCACACAAAUUCCCACCAAUCACACCCUUACCACCAACCCAGUUGCCCUCACCUUGUCUCCAGGCCUGGAUAGCAUUCUACCGACCCCUAGCUCAGCCCCACUUCCGGACGGCUCCACCCUGGCUCUCCACCUCUCCCCUAGCCCUGCUAGCCCCAGGUCCCAGUGGAAGGGACAGGUGAGGACGCUGUAUGACCUGUCCUGUGAGGACGCUGUGUGUUAUCCCAACAGUAUGUGUAUAGAUGACUACCAAAGUGGGGGCUCUCGCUGCUACUGUGCCCUGGGCAGAGGAGGGGACGCCUGCUCUCAGGGUGAGACGAGAACCACUAAUGGACUAUUAUUGCUUAAUUGAUUAACACUCUGGAGUAUGUUAUGGUACUGAAUUUGAGCUUAUUUUUUUAUUUUUUUUUAUCUGUUUUUUUUUGGUCCUCCAGUUGUAGUGGUGAAAUAUCCACAGUUUUACGGGUUCUCCCAUAUUGCCUUUGAGCCUCUGAAGAACUCCUAUCAAUCCUUUCAGAUCAUGCUUGAGUUUAAGGUAAAAUGUUGAUGUCUGUUUCAUUCUGAAUGUGUUGCAGUUCCUUUAUAGAAAUAAGCUGUAAAGCUAUUUUGUACAUCCCAAAUAAAAGUCAAUGGUAUUCUGAAGAAUGUAAAACAAAUGGAUGGUCACCCCUGUCUUGUUACUCCACAGACUGACUCAGAGAAUGGCCUUCUGUUGUUCUGUGGGGAGAAUGAACAUGGCAGUGGAGACUUCACCUCACUGGCUCUGAUACAUGGGAAGCUCCACUUUAGGUGGGUUCAUGUUGAUACAAAUCAGUCAGUCAGUCACUCACUCACUCACUAACUGACACACCUCACCUCUAUCUGUGUGUGCAGGUUUAACUGUGGCACAGGCAGUGCCCAGAUAGUGAGUGGGAUUCGGGUGGCACUGGGCCAGUGGCACAGUGUCGUUGUCGGCAGGGAGGGUGCGAUUGGCUGGCUAAGACUGGACAAUGACACACCUGUCACAGGACACUCACAGGUGAGGACAAUUCAUACUGUAUAUAGGAUGUACAUUACAAAAGAGCACACUGCUGCUACUGGUAAAUACACAGAACACAGUGUAAUAAUCCUAUGUGCUGCCCGGCCCUGUCUGGGUGUGUAUCUCCUAAUCUCUGAUCCUACAGGGUGACUACAAUAAGAUCACAUUCAGAACUCCUCUUUACGUGGGUGGCUCCCCUAAUGCUUAUUGGCUGGCCAGGACAGCAGGGACCAAUCGGGGUUUCCAGGGGUGUAUCCAGAUGCUAAGCGUCAACAGCAGGGUGACGGACAUGAGGCCUUGGCCAAUGGGAUGGGCUCUUAGUGGGGCGGAUGUGGGUGAGUCACUGAACUGAAGCCACUGGAUUCUAAUACAUUAAUGUUUCCAUCAUAAUCUCUUAUCUCUCACCUCAUUUACUCUCUCUGUUUGUUGGGGAGUUUAUCCCUGCUUAUUCAUGUCAUUGUGUGAAGGUCAUAGCAAGUAACAUGUCAAUCAAUGAUUAACAUACAGUGAGGGAAAAAAGUAUUUGAUCCCCUGCUGAUUUUGUACGUUUGCCCACUGACAAAGAAAUGAUCAGUCUACAAUUUUAAUGGUAGGUUUAUUUGAACAGUGAGAGACAGAAUAACAACAAAAAAAUCCAUAAAAACGCAUGUCAAAAAUGUUAUAAAUUGAUUUGCAUUUUAAUGAGGGAAAUAAGUAUUUGACCCCCCUUCUCAAUCAGAAAGAUUUCUGGCUCCCAGGUGUAUUUUAUACAGGUAACGAGCUGAGAUUAGGAGCACACUCUUAAAGGGAGUGUAUAAAAGACACCUGUCCACAGAAGCAAUCAAUCAAUCAGAUUCCAAACUCUCCACCAUGGCCAAGACCAAAGAGCUCUCCAAGGAUGUCAGGGACAAGAUUGUAGACCUACACAAGGCUGGAAUGGGCUACAAGACCAUCACCAAGCAGCUUGGUGAGAAGGUGACAACAGUUGGUGCGAUUAUUCGCAAAAGGAAGAAACACAAAAGAACUGUCAAUCUCCCUCGGCCUGGGGCUCCAUGCAAGGUCUCACCUCGUGGAGUUGCAAUGAUCAUGAGAACGGUGAGGAAUCAGCCCAGAACUACAUGGGAGAAUCUUGUCAAUGAUCUCAAGGCAGCUGGGACCAUAGUCACCAAGAAAACAGUUGGUAACACACUACGCUGUGAAGGACUAAAAUCCUGCAGCGCCAGCAAGGUCCCCCUGCUCAAGAAAGCACAUAUACAGGGCCGUCUGAAGUUUGCCAAUGAACAUCUGAAUGAUUCAGAGGAGAACUGGGUGAAAGUGUUGUGGUCAGAUGAGACCAAAAUCGAGCUCUUUGGCAUCAACUCAACUCGCAGUGUUUGGAGGAGGAGGAAUGCUGCCUAUGACCCCAAGAACACCAUCCCCACCGUCAAACAUGGAGGUGGAAACAUUAUGCUUUGGGGUUGUUUUUCUGCUAAGGGGACAGGACAACUUCACCGCAUCAAAGGGACGAUGGACGGGGCCAUGUACCGUCAAAUCUUGGGUGAGAACCUCCUUCCCUCAGCCAGGGCAUUGAAAAUUGGUCGUGGAUGGGUAUUCCAGCAUGACAAUGACCCAAAACACACGGCCAAGGCAACAAAGGAGUGGCUCAAGAAGAAGCACAUUAAGGACCUGGAGUGGCCUAGCCAGUCUCCAGACCUUAAUCCCAUAGAAAAUCUGUGGAGGGAGCUGAAGGUUCGAGUUGACAAAUGUCAUCCUCGAAACCUUAAUGACUUGGAGAAGAUCUGCAAAGAGGAGUGGGACAAAAUCCCUCCUGAGAUGUGUGUAAACCUGGUGGCCAACUACAAGAAACGUCUGACCUCUGUGAUUGCCAACAAGGGUUUUGCCACCAAGUACUAAGUCAUGUUUUGCAGAGGGGUCAAAGACUUAUUUCCCUCAUUAAAAUGCAAAUCAAUUUAUAUCAUUUUUGACAUGCGUUUUUCUGGAUUUUUGUUGUUGUUAUUCUGUCUCUCACUGUUCAAAUAAACCUACCAUUAAAAUUAUAGCCUGAUCAUAUCUUUGUCAGUGGGCAAACGUACAAAAUCAGCAGGGGAUCAAAUACUUUUUUCCCUCACUGUACAAGUGUUUAAUGACAGUAGGUUAUAAACUUCUAUUUGUUUUUAAGCCCCUUGCCAUGUCUUAUUUGCUGUUGGAACCAACAACUUCCUGGUCACUGGCCCAUUUGCCUUCUUUCUUGUUGAUGUUUGAAUAUCCUAAAAACAUACUGUAAUCUUGAGUCAGUUGCUCAGUAUAUAUUGUGACACACAGCAGUCCUUGUUGUGUACAACAUGUGCACAUUAAGACUGUGUGCAGACAAAGCUUUGAUGUGUGGGUCUGCGUCUGGUUAGAUAGAAUGGCCUAGGGUUGGUGAGAUGUGUUUCUAUGGCAGCCUCUGGAAGUCUUCCUCCUCAUCACUCCUAUUAUUCAGAGAGACAGAAAGGAAGUCUGUGUUCUAGUUCAAUAGGAUUUGAUGAAUGCCAGCAGGGAGAUGCCAAUGUGGUCAGACACAAUAGUCCCUAAUGAGCUGUCCCUAAAUUAGAUUAUAUAAAAAAGUGAUUUUUGUUGACACACUUUCUAUCUUUUAUUUUUCUCUCUGCCUUUUUUUUUAGCUCUUUCUCUGUAUCUCUCUCUCUAUCUAGCUCUCUUUCUUUCAAUAUCUCUCUACCUCUUUUCUCUUUCUAUCUUUCUCUCUCGCUCCCUCGCUCUCUUGCUCACUUUCACAAACAUCUAUUCUGUAAGUAGGACUGUUUAAAUGACUGGUAUACUGUGGUGUGAGACAGUGUGUUAGUGUAUGUGGUUCACCCUGUAGGUGAAUGCAGUGCCAGUGUCUGUGAAGGGGUCACUUGUGCCAAUGGAGGAACUUGCUUUGCCAGCCAUGCAGAUUGGUACAUAUGUCUGUGCCCACUGGGUUAUAGGGGUCCUCUAUGCCAGGAGAGUGAGUAGCUACCACAUCUUCUGAUUUUCUAUUUUAUAACCUACUGUAAUCUCACACACACACACACACACACACCUUACCUGUAUCCCCUUCUAUGUAUUCCCCCAGGCUUCCAGCUGGUGGUGCCGUACUUUAAUGCGUCUGUGCUGUCAUACGCUAGCACCCCCUGGCCUCAGUCCUCCAGACACUACCUGUCCUGGAUGGAGUUUGAGGUGACCUUCAGGCCGACAGCUCCUGAUGGCACUCUGCUCUACAGCCAGGACUCAGCCAGCAGAGACUUCCUGUCAAUCAGUCUGGUGGGAGGAUACCUGGAGUUCAGCUUCGACUGUGGCUCUGGGACAGCCAAAAUCAGGUUAGGAAUAACAGUAGGGUUGCUUAGUCGUGGGGGAAGCAUGCACAUUUUUAUACUUCAACAUGUUGACGUUGUAGAGCAAUCACAUUCUGAGGAAAGGCCAUCAUCUAUGUGCAGAACCAAGGCAUUACAUAAAUGUAACCAAAUAGGAGAAAUGGUGUGUCUGGUCAGCACUGGAAAGGCUGAUGUAUCUGUUUAUAUGCAGGAGUGAAGAGCCGCUCACAAUGAACGAGUGGCAUGAGCUGCGUGUCUCCAGGACAGGCAGAGAGGGCAUCCUGCAGGUGGAUAACCAGAUUCCCACACACAGCCUGUCAGAGGUACUGACCUUCAUGGAGCCCACUGAAAACAUACACUGAACAUUUCAGUAAAGACUGAUCAUAAUGUUUGAAUAAACUGUAAAUUAGAAAUGUGAAUUUGGUUGUCUUUGAUUGUUGUUUUAAGUAAAUGUAGUUUGGCUUCCUCUCUCCUGUUGCUCAGGGAGCAUUCACUCAGAUCAGGUGCAGCGGUCCUCUGUUCAUCGGGGGCGUUCCAGAACGCAUCAACCCCAGGACUAAGAUCAAUGCUGGUGCUGCCCUGCUCCACCACUUCACUGGUAGCAUCCAAAAGGUACCACAGCUCAAUGAGCCCCCAGUGUUUGGUUUGUAGAUAUGACACCACCCAGCAAACGGAAUGUCCUGUGGACGUUCCCAUUUUGUCCCUUAAGGGUUUCAGUGCGACGUUAUCCCACUGACGUUCUAAGAACACUGCGUGAUGGUCCCAAGGGAAUGUUCUCUGGGGGACCUUUGUCUAGUUCCCUGUAUGUUCCCAGGACGUCACUGAGGACCAUGUCAGGACCUUUUUAGGAUGUUCUCAGGACUUUCAUUUUACUAGUCCUUAGGACAUCA